UCGCUUCGCUUGUGUGACACGUUACUAUGAAGGAUGGUAUCGUCGUGGUGAAUCUACUGUGACUUCCGAUUCCCAUCUACAGGAUUGCGUCAAUCAGUGAAUUUCCUACCUCUUAGAUUUGAUGAGAUUGUGAUACCUCCAAGCAAAAGCUCACGAUAGAGAACAGACCCGUUUUACCGUCCUAAUUCCGUAAUCCAGCUCCAGAUUUUGCAUACAGCCAUCCUACAUACUGCUCUAUUACAAAGAAACUUGCAUGUCUCAUUAUUUUAAAUUGAAUUUCCACAGUCACUUUAAAAAUAUAAAUGGUGCUCGUUCGUUUUUAUGGUGUGGAAUGUUUUGUCGCGAGAAAAUCGAACAUUUUUAGGAUGGACUCAUUGCUCUAUUGUAUCGGACCGCAAGCAGGGCUCUUAGAUGUGCUGAAAAAUCAGUAUUUGCGCGGAUUUUUGACUUUUGUGAAUUUUUCAUGGUAAUCAAUUUGUUGAAAAAGACUCGAGAACCUAAAAGAACACCGAUUUAAGUUAGCUUGCUACGGUUAAGUAAGCUGAUACGUUAUCACUGUAUAGUGACGGAAAUUUCUAUUUCUUCAAGGUGUAACAGAUUGCUAAAUUACAUGGGAUUGGACAUUACCUCGGAUGACUCAUUGAAGUUAUAAUGAUAUAAGUGACUUUAAAAAUGGACACACGACCCGGAUCGCAGCUGAAAAGUGAGCUCAUUUUCGGCGAUUUUACAGAAGAUGAUGAUUGUAAAGCAGAUCUUUGGCAGAGGACCAACUUCCGCAAUAAAAAGGAAAAUGAUAAGCUGCAGCCAAUUGUGAAUCUAGUAAAUGUUGAUGUCAAAACAACUGGUGAUGAUUCGUAUCAUUUAGAUAAUAUGCAUCAGAGGCCGAUAUUGCCACUUGCAAAACCGCACGUCAAAGUGGACGGUCCAGAAGAAUCUAACUCUGAUGAACACAAAUUUGUCACUUCGUCAUUACUGUUGAAGAUCAAGACAGAGGAAGCAGAGGACGACAAAACUCAACUUGCAGGGCGCUCAAACGCUAAUGUUGUCCUUCAAUUGGUCUCGAAGCCGGAGCCAAAUAUCGAAUCUUCUGAUGGGAUAAUGACAUUCGGGUUGGUGAAUUUCAAAUCAGAAAUCAAGCUGUCAGAGGAGCUUAUCUUAGACGACUUCGAAGGAGACUCAGAGGGUAUUCACCGGGAGACGAGCUAUGGCGACUUUCAUGAUCGGCUAAAUCCAGUUGUCGUCCUGGAGAGAUUUGACCUGCAUCUAGCAGGCAGCCGCUCAAAUCCAUCAGAAGCUAAACCCUCAUCGCAAUUUCUGAACGCGUUUCUCCAGGUGAAAACUGAGAUGGAUUUCGGUUCAUGUCAUGCGUGUCAUCACGAUGAGGUCAAAGACAAUCCAGAGAUUUACAACCUGCCCGUGAAUCAUCAAAAGUCGCCUGGACACAAAUCUCAACAUUUCUCCGAAUCAAAAUCCCGAGGAAAGAUUGUUUCAAACAAAGAUGAAAACCUGCCUCACCAUAUCUCUGCAAAUUCCGUUCAAGUAGAAGAUCAUUUUGGUUCCCGCAAGAAAUUUUUAAGUUCAAAAACUGCCUCUGACCAUGCUUACAACGGUGAUCAAGCUUUCGCGAGAGGCUCAAACUCAACGGACAUUGUGGAGCUUCAAACCGAGUAUCAAUCUCUCUCAAAAAAUCGACCUUCCUCAAACGAUAAUUUGUUUGGUGGAUUGAAAUCAAGAGCUAUAUCUGAAAGGCACAAAACGGAAAUUGAAAUCAGCAAUCGAAUUUCCUCGUUUGAUCAAUGUGUUAAGGAAUUUAAAUCGAAGGCUCAGUUACGGUCACAAGUGGUGCACGUCCAAAGCAUCGAUCAACCCUACGCAUGCGGUCAGUGCUCAAGAAAAUUUAAACAGAAGGAUAAUCUCAAGAAACAUUUGUUGUUUGUCCAUAGCGACGAUCGACCCUUCUCUUGCGGUAAAUGCUCUAAAAAGUUUAAAACUAAAAAUGCAUUAAGGAAACAUUUAAAUCAGGUUCAAUGCGAUGAUAGCCCUUUUUCGUGUAGUCAUUGCGCAGGAAAAUUUAAAUCCAAAGGUGAUUUAAAGUCGCAUGUGGGAUGUGUCGUCAGCAUCAAUCGACCCUACUCAUGCAAUCAGUGCUCAGGAAAAUUUAAAACGAAGGGUCACUUACAGUCACACGUAGUGACUGUCCACAGCGCUGAUCGACCCUACUCAUGCCGUCAAUGCUCAGGAAAUUUUAAAACGAAGGGUUCAUUAAAGGAACAUGUCACUCACGUUCACUGCGAUGAUCAACCGUUUUCGUGUGAUCAUUGUGUUAGUUCAUUUAAAUCGAAUGCUCAGUUACAGUCACAUGCACGGUACGUUCACAACGUCAAUCGAUCUUACGCAUGUGACAAGUGCUCAGGAAAAUUUAAAACGAAGGGUCACUUACAGUCACACGUAGUGACUGUCCACAGCGCUGAUCAACCCUACUCAUGCCGUCAGUGCUUAGGAAAUUUUAAAACGAAGGGUUCAUUAAAGGAACAUGUCACUCACGUUCACUGCGAUGAUCAACCGUUUUCGUGUGAUCAUUGUGUUAGUUCAUUUAAAUCGAAGACUCGCUUAAAGGCACACCUGGCGAUUGUUCACAGCGCCGAUCGACCCUACUCAUGCGGUGAAUGCUCACAAAAAUUUAAAAUGAAGAGCAAUCUUAAGGACCACAUGUUGCGUGUUCACAGCGACGAUCGGCCCCAUUCAUGUGGUCAAUGCUCAGCAAAGUUUAAAAUAAAGGGGUCAUUAAGGGAACAUGUCACUCUGGUUCACUGCGAUGAUCGACCCUAUUCAUGCCGUCAAUGCUCAGGAGAUUUUAAAACGAAGUAUUUAUUGAAGAAACAUGUAACCGAGGUUCACUGCGAUGAUCGACCCUAUUCAUGCUGUCAAUGCUCACGAAAAUUUAAACGGAAGGGUGAUCUUAAGAAACACAUGUUUGUCCACAGCGACGAUCGACCCUUCUCUUGCGGUCAAUGCUCAAGAAAUUUUAAACGGAAGGCUACUCUUGAGAGACACAUGAUUGUCCACAGCGAAGAUCGACCCUUCUCUUGCGGUCAAUGCUCGGGAAAAUAUAAAAGAAAGGAAGUUUUGCGGCAUCAUGUCAUACAUGUUCACUCCCAUAAUUGACAGGUUUUGAGUAAAAAUCAAAUACAUUAUUUCAGAUGCAUGUGAGGAUCUCCACAUUGGUGAUUGACCUUUUUGAUGUAGUUAUCGCGCAAGAAAACAUAAAUCAAAGUUUGCAGUCAAAGAGCAUAAUUUGCAUGUCCACGACAAAAAUCGGUCCUUUCAGCGUCGUUAGUGUGCAAGAAAAAAAAACAAAGAAUGGAUGGAAACUACACGUGAUGCAUUUCCACGGCUCACGUGAGUGAUCGACUUUUCCAAUGUGGUCGGUUCUGAGGCUAAUUCAAAGCGAAUGAGCAUUUAAAGAAGCAUGUGCUCGCCUGCAUAUUGGCAGUCGACCCUUUUUCGUGUGACCACUGUCCAAGCAAAUUCAAGACGAAAUAUGACAUGCGGUUUUAUACGAGGGGCUUGGAUGACAAGGCGCAUAAGUGCAGUUUUUGAAAAAAUCGAAAUAUUAAUGAUUUCAACUGAAUCUAGUCUUAAAAAAAACUCUGUGAAAAAUGCGCUUCCAAAUUCCAAGUUUUAAACAUCAAAAGUCAGUUUGAACUUUCUUUCCGCCAUAAGGAUCUAUGUAAUUUCGAAACUUCAAGCACGUAUAUCUCGAAAUAGAUAAAACUGCACUUAUGCGCCUUGUCCUCCAAGCCCCUCAUAUGAUGUACCUAUGUUCACCGCGGAAAGGUUGUUCUCGAGUGAUCGGUGCACAAAAAUAUUUAACGGAGGUAUCAGUUGAGGGGCUAGGAGGACAAGGCGUAUAGUUUUUGUUAUUUCGAUAAAUACGUGUUUGGAGUUUCGAAAUCACAUGGACCCGUAUGGCGGAAAGAAAGUUCAAGUUGACUUUUUGAUGCUUCAAAAUUGGAAUUUGACUAUUUUUACUUGUAAUCAAUAAUAUCUCCAUUUUUUCUAAAACUGCACUUAUGCGCCUUGUCCUUGGAGCCCCUCAAUUACGGAGACAUGAGAUAGCUGUUCUUAUUGACUGGGUGGUUCUUAAGUUAACAUACUUAAAGCGAGGGCUGCUCUGAAAAGUGCAAGGUAAUUUUUCCUAAUUAUUUUCCUACUACAAGUUUCCCAAAUACUUUUUUCUACUAUUUUUUCCAUUUACCGUAAGUCUUAUAAAUGAGACGUCCUAUUCGCUUUUUUUCUAAGGGCAAUUUUCCUAAUUGUAAUUGAGACUGAAACAUGAGAAGAACAGAAAGAUGUCGACCAAACUUCACUACUUAGAUUGGUAUUUGGGAGACAACUCUAUAAUUUUAACCAAUAUAUUGAACUUGUGAGGUAUGUUAUGUUGUUUACAAAUUAAAUUAGGACUAAUGCCUGUAGGGAUAAAGUCAAUGGCAAAUACCACUCUCAGGACUAACUGCAGUGGGACAAAAAACGA